UGAACCCCCGAAUUCUAGACUUUGAUCCUGUCUAUCGAGUUCGAACGCAUUCUUCUAGUGUGCCGUUGUCUUCGAGCCUAAUAACACGCUAAAUAGUCAACGUCACACCGCCACUUACCCCAAUUCACAAGACUUGUCAGCCAUGGAUUUUAACGUUUUCGAUUCAGUCAAAUUACCUUGCGGUCGUACUGUUGAGAACAGGCUGGUUAAGGCAGCCAUGUAUGAGCACCUGUCAAGUUUCUCCGGUGGUCCACCAAACGAAUUCCACUAUGGCUUGUAUACUGAAUGGGCAAAACAUGGAUGGGGAAUGAUUCUCACUGGAAAUGUGCAGGUCUCACGUCAGCAUCUGACCUUGGGCCGUGACAUGGUUGUGCCUACUACACUCAAUGCGGAAGACCUCAAACCCUUCGAAAAGUUAGCGGCAGUCAUCCACGGAGGCGAUGAUAACACACGCACCCUGGCUAUCAUGCAGCUAUCGCAUGCUGGACGUCAAUCAGCGAAUUUUAUUGGUGGUCGACCACCUUUCGUUGCACCACUGGCACCCAGUUCUAUCCGUGUUGGGGCAGGUUCUACUGGAAAUCCUGGAAGGGCAAUCUCUGACCUGGCGUUUCAUGCGAUGUUCCAAAUUCCUACGGAGAUGACCAUACAAGACAUUCUCAAUGUCCAAUCCAGUUUCGUGCGAGGUGCUCUCUUGGCGUACAAAUCAGGCUUCGAUGGAGUCCAGAUUCAUGCUGCUCAUGGUUAUUUAUUGGCGCAGUUCAUGAACCCUAAGAGUAAUAUCCGGAACGACGAGUAUUCAGUAACGCCGGAAAAUGUCACCCGCAUGCUGUACGAGAUAAUUAAAGCCAUCCGCGAGGUGGUGCCAACCACUUUCGUCAUCGGGAUCAAAAUCAACUCGGCUGACUACGUGACUUCUGGAAGCGCCGAAGAAGCAUCUCAAGGCGAACGGCGUAUCCUGGAUCACAUUCGCACCAUUGCAAGUUGGGGCGUCAUCGACUUUAUCGAGAUCAGUGGUGGCGAUUACGAAAAGCCUGACUUUUCGGCGUGUGGUGGAUCUCAAAAACUAGACCGCCAGGCCUUUUUUGCGCAGUUCUCACAGAUAGUCAUGAAGGACCUUCACCGAUCGCCUGUCCCUUUCUCUUCGGUCCCACUCAUCCUACUGACUGGUGGCCUCCGUUCUCAGUCCUACCUACAAGCUGCCUUGGUAUCGAAGCACGCCGACUUACUAGGUAUUGGGAGAGGCGCUGUCGUCUGUCCCGACCUGCCCAAGAUCCUUCGAUUACAGCUACAAAAUAGCAAGUAUUCUAGCGAUUGGGAUGACAGGCCUUUUGCACGCGAACCAGAAACAGCGCUCAGAGCUUCUAAAUUGGUACCGAGGGUGAAGCUCAUUGGCCUCGGCUUCGGGAGUGCAUGGUAUAUUAUUAGAAUGAGAGACAUUGCUGUCUCCCAGAUCAAGAACUCCAGAGCAGAGCCACCACCCGCGGACUACAACAAGGGGAUAUUGAUCACUUUGUUCAAGAUGUGGGCUUGGUUCGACUUUAGAAAGAAAAGAAAAAUAGUUUCGAUUUGGAUCCUAGGGAUAUCUAUGAUGCUCAUUGUCACAGUCGGGGUUCUCUAACCCAUGCUGAUCGGGACGUUCAUGCCGGUGCGGCCUCCGAGCAGGGCGGGACGGCCGAAGGCACCUUGGGCAGCACUAGUACACUUCUUUGUUCCCAAGACAGUAACUCAUUAUAAAUUAUCACCAUUUGUCUCAUCCUAAC